CUGACAGUAACGGAGGUGGAGGACAGAGGGACUUGAAACCACAGUGAGGGGAGGAGGCCGCUGGGGCUGACAGCACACACCCCAGAGUGACUUCCUCCUGGUUUCCUAGAAGCAGCAUUGGCAGGCCUGUGUUUCUGCUUCCCCAGAAUAGCUGGAGUCCUGGAGACAGAAGACGUGCCUGCUGUGGUGGGGGUUUCUGUCAUCUCUGGAGUGCUCAGCGGAGCAGAGAGUUCCCGUCCAUGGAGAGACCCCACACGGUCCUACAGGUGAGCCUACACCACCCCACAAAGGACCCAGCCAUUUUCGCCACCGUCCCAUCUCGGCUGCAGCAUGACAUCAGCCCGCUGCUGGUGGGGCGCGGCCCAGAAGCCCACCUCCAGCUGCAGCUCCCCCGCCUCUCUCGCCAACACCUGUCCCUGGAGCCCUACCGGGAAAUGGGCAGCGCUGGGCUGGCCUUCAGCCUCAAGACCCUGAGUCGCAGGGGCUGCGUGUGGGUCAACGGGCUGACCCUGAGGUUCCUGGAACAGGUCCGCCUGAGCACCGUCAACAGGGUCACCUUCUCCGGUGUGCAGAUGGUGAUCCGCAUAGAAGGAGGCCCCUCCCUGGAGGACUUUGUCUGCUGUUUCCAUGUCAGUCCCUCCCCGCUGAUUUACAGGCUCCAGGCCGAAGAGACUGAUGAAUGGGAAGACAUCCCCCCGGGAGCUGCCUGCCCUGGGUUCAGAGCAGAGGGCUCCAGGUCACCUGGGCUUUCUCCAUGGCCCUUUCUAGACUGGGGACAGCCAAGCCCUGGAGGAGGAACAAAAAUAUAGCUCCAGAGGGAGCCCGCAGACGGCACGCUCUGCUCGCCCCGCCGCUGCAGAAAGCACGCCUUGGCUGAAACAGGACUUGAAAUAUUUGAGCUACGUACAUCAUGCGAUGCGACGUUGACAAGCAAGGCCUGCCUGGCUAAUAAUGAACUGAUUCUGCAAACAGGAACAGCCUGGGGUGGGGGUAGCGCCCUUCGCGGUUCCAGAUCUACAAGGUAAUGGUAACUUCAUAUACUUUUAGAGGCCCCAAGGGCCUCUAGGAGCCCCUCUCAACAUUUCCCCACAUUUCCCAGUCUUGUCUAACUAGGAGUUACUUUAUGUUGCUAAUUCUGUGUGCUGCUUAAAAGCCGGAGUUUGAGGUUGCUCCAGGAAUGCAUGGACACAUGUAACAAUUACGUUUGUGGUAGCUGGGGGUUACCUUGGGCUUUCAAAUACUCACAGGCACUCUGGCUUAGGGAAGCCUGUGUUUAAUAAACUGAAGUAUUUCAUUAAGCUGGCAUACCCAAUAGGAUUCCCUGAUCCCCAGAUGGCUGCAUGCACACCACGUUGUCACGCAGAGACCGGGGCGGGAAAUAAAGAAGAAGUGUAAGAGGAAAUUGGAAAGGUGGGGGCUCACAUUUCUGGAAAGGAUGCAAGCCGUGCUCGGGGCAUCCUGGGCAUGGAGAGCUGGAGGGUGGGCCUUUCUUGAAAUUCAUUGCCACUGUCAUCCUCCUCAUCCUCACUCUCUGUCACUUCUGAAUCAAAGCCUUGGCUGACCAGAGGGCACAGGUCUUCAUGGAAGGAUGGCUUCCCAGAACACUGGGCUCUUACUGGAUUAAUUCUACGAGAGAGUAGCUUGAGAGCUUGUGUUAGAAGAAUUCAGCCCAGCAGUUAUUUCACUUAGGGUGGGUCAUAUACCAACGGGGUGAGGUGGUCUUUCCAAAUAAGGGGCUAGUAGGGGUCAGGCAGGCCAAGGGUGGGAUAGUUUUCUCAGUGAACAGAGGAGCAGAGCAGAAGCAGCCACUCUCCAAGCCAUUCUGGGGCAGUGGGGGCGGAGGAGGUGAUUAGGAGUGUGGUUUAGAAACAACGUUCCUCUGUGUAAGGAGGGGAGGGUCCUACAAACACAGAUGGUCGCCAUCAUCCUAGACCCUGGCUGGGUCACAUCCUGAGGUCUCUAACCACCUCCAACAAGGCCUUCAACACUCUCCACUUGCCAUCCAAGAAGAAAGACCCUUUUGUACCCAGGGCAGGCCACAAGUGAGAUCAACUGCAGUGCCAGGCCCUGAGCGUCUUCUUCAUGGGAAAGAGAGCAGUGGGCAGGACCCAGGCCUGCGCUGGCCUGGGAAGCCUCCCGUCACCAGGCAAUGAGGCGAGUAAACUCAGCUCACAGCCAGGGCUCAGAGGGGAGAGCUGUCCAAUGCUGUGAAUGGCCCCUGGAGGCCCCCAAGGCAGUCCUUCAUUCAGUCAUUCAACAAACUUUUACCGAGCACCCACCUUGCAUCAGAUGUUGUGCAAAGCCUCAGGAACAAGGCUGACAAAGUCCCUGCCCUCAGGAAACUUAAAGGAACUCAGGAAAGGCAUGAGUGCAAGAGCUAAUCCCUUCGUUAUUUGGUCACCACAGUGAUCAAUGCUAUGGACAUUGCAUCUCUGCUCUUCAGGCUGAAGUUAAGUGAGCUCUCCUGUUAGUGGCCGUGUCUGAUGAGCGCUCAUUAUAUGCUUGGCGCUCUGCUAGGUGCUAUGUGCAUUGCCCUGCUGAAUCCUCACAACACCCAGAUAGACAAUGGUAUUAAGCAAACUGUACAGAUAAGGAAACUGAGGCUCAGAAAGGGUAAGUAUCUUGUCCAACAUCAUGUCACUCAUCAGCUGUGUGAUCUUGGGCCAGUGACUUAGCCUGUUUUUGUCUCCAUGUCUCCUUCUGGAAAUAGGUAAGAUAAUAAUACCCACCUGCUGAACUUCUUAUGAGGGUCUUGAGAGAUGGCACAUGUGAAGCACUCAGUGCAACACCUGGCACACAGUAGGUACUCAAUAAAGGUUACCUACUAUCAUGAGACCUGACAGAGGGAACCUAAUAGGUCCAGACCCAAGGGCUCACCUUGGACACAUGUGGAGCUAGAGAAGGUUGGAAGCCUAGUGGACUGGCUGCAGGGCCCAAGGACUCAUCUGCACUCUGCGAUUCCCACAUGAAGGAUUUUGUCUUAGCCAUGGACCUGGUGAGCAGUCAGGAGGGGAUUUUAUCCUGUUCCUUGCACCAGAAGGUCCAAUAUUCAGGGUUUG